AUGACGACCCAGCUGCCAGAGUACAAGCAAAAGUUCCUCGAGGCUUCUACCUCGGGGGGCGUGCUCAAGUUUGGCAGCUUCGAGCUCAAGUCCAAGAGGAUCUCGCCGUACUUCUUCAACGCCGGGUUGUUCCACACGUCGCGUCUGGCGGGCGCUAUCGCUACCGCGUUCGCCAACACCAUCGCCGAGGCGCAGAGCCAGCAAGGUCUAGAGUUCGACAUCAUCUUUGGCCCGGCCUACAAGGGCAUCCCGCUCGCUGCUAGCAUCGCCAUCAAGCUGGGUGAGCUGGCUCCCGCCAACCUGGACUCAGUGUCCUACUCGUUCGACCGCAAGGAGGCCAAGGACCACGGCGAGGGUGGCAACAUUGUCGGCGCGCCUCUUGAAGGAAAGAAGAUCCUCAUCGUUGACGACGUCAUCACGGCCGGCACCGCCAAGAGAGAGGCUAUCGAGAAGAUCCGCAAGGAGGGCGGACAUGUCGCCGGUAUCGUCGUCGCCUUAGACCGCAUGGAGAAGCUGCCCGCCGCCGACGGCGACGACUCCAAGCCCGGCCCCAGCGCCAUCGGCGAGCUCCGAAAGGAGUACGGCAUCCCCAUCUUCUCCAUCCUCACUCUGGAUGACAUUAUCAGUGGCAUGAAGUCGUUUGCCUCGGAGGAGGAUAUCAAGCGCAUCGAGGCCUACCGCAACCAGUACAAAGCAACGGAUUGA